UCAUCAGCAGAAGAACCUACAAACACACACACAGCAAACACAGAGAUGACACCGCGGGAUUCCCCUCCGACCGCACACACACUCCUGCCUGCGUGAAACACCCGCACUGAGCCGUGGGCGGUUUUUGAUCCCUGCGCAGAUCCGGGUGUUUUUUUUUAUUUUUUAUUGCACCUGCUCCUCGGUGCAGUUUUUUUUCCUCCGGCUCCUCGAUCGGGCCUGAUACUGAGGAGGAGGAGAUCAGCCCUGACUCCGGGGCCUGCACCGUCCUCCAGCCGCUGUCAUCGGGGCCCCGACUCGAGCAUCGAGGGUUUGUCGCGGUUGUUUUUUUUUGCCGGACUCGUCGGUGCCAUGGAGCCCACAUCAGCCUGGUCCUGAGAAGAGCCAACAUCUCUGGCCUGCAGUCCUCUUCACCCCUGCUCCGAGUAGCAAGCCCGCGCCCUCGCACGCUUCUCUCUAACGAAGCAGACAGAGCGACAGACCGAGCCACAGACCCGCAGAGCGACAGACAGCCGAGUCAUGGAGGCGAUCUGGCUCUACCAGUUCCGGCUGAUCGUCAUCGGCGACUCCACGGUGGGCAAGUCGUGUCUGAUCCGGCGGUUCACGGAGGGCCGCUUCGCCCAGGUGUCGGACCCCACCGUCGGCGUGGACUUCUUCUCCCGGCUGGUGGAGAUCGAGCCGGGGAAGCGGAUCAAGCUGCAGAUCUGGGACACGGCGGGUCAGGAGCGCUUCAGGUCCAUCACCCGGGCUUACUACCGCAACUCUGUGGGCGGGCUCCUCCUGUUCGACAUCACCAACCGCCGCUCCUUCCAGAACGUCCACGAUUGGCUGGAGGAGGCGCGUAGCCACGUCCAACCCCACAGCAUCGUCUUCCUAUUGGUCGGCCACAAGUGUGACCUGGAGGCGCAGCGCCAGGUGAGCCGUCAGGAGGCAGAGAAGCUGGCGGGGGCUUAUGGGAUGCGCUACAUCGAGACGUCGGCCCGUGACGCCAUCAACGUCGAGCACGCCUUCACUGAGCUGACCAGAGACAUCUUCGCCUUGGUGCGGUCCGGCGACAUCACAAUCCAGGAGGGCUGGGAGGGCGUGAAGAGCGGGUUCGUCCCCAACGUGGUUCACUCCUCCGAGGAAGUGACCAAGAGCGACCGCCGCUGCCUCUGUUGAUCUGGAAAGAGUUUGACGAUGGGACUGAAGGCGAAAAGGGGGGGGAGGACUCAGAGGGGAGCGGCUGACGGACUGAGGUGUCGGCCCCGGGACUGGAACUGUUGCUAACCCUCCGUUGUUUCUUCAGACUGAAAACAAACAGGGAUUGUUUGAGGGAUUUCAAUGAACACCGUAAACGUGGGUGCACAGGUGAAGGGAUGUGCCCAUUUAUAAAUACGUUUUAUCCGUUGGAGAUGAAGGAUCACAGAUCGAGGGCUCCCACGAUUCAACUCCUUUAGCCUGUUUAUGGGAUUUGUUGCCUCAGAGUUUUAGAAAGGCCUUAGAAAGAAGAUUCAUUUUGGUUCUUCGCCAAAAUGAGAUGACGCUCUCGACUCGUGACGUCGUUCUUUCUCCCGUCAUCUCUUCCUUCACCUCUUCUCCCUUCACUUCUUUACCUUCUCUCCUCCACCAAUAUGCAAUCACAUGAUCACGUACAAAACAACCACUUUGGCGUUGUCCGACAUCCUCCGAGCACACACCAUUCCAAUGAGAUCAGUCAGCACCUUUAGAUCACGUCUCCCUCCGUACAAAGAGUUUCAUUUCUCUCCUGCUGACAGAUUAUUCCACAUUCCACGAUCAGAGCUCAAGUGAGGAGUCCUAAAUCAAAAGACUGAUUUCCUUCUUGUAGCCUUAACUCCGUUGCCACUUUAUUUCUCCGUGGAACAUCUGAAGGCUGCAGUGAGCUCGAUGACAACAACAUGGUUACAUCCACUGUCAUUCUGCUAAUUCCAGCACCGACACAAAACACCGUCACCCACCCGGUUCCUGGUGGACUCCGCAAACAGGAAAAGAAGUGUACAGCUUAACUGACGGAGGUGGAGACGCGUAACAACUCCUAACUCUCUUGCCUUUAACUGGUAUGAAGUGGACUAAUAGGAAUGUUGGAGCCUCUAUAGCCGUUUGAAAUGUGCAAAUAAGCAAACUGGAGGUUAUUUAUUUCUCAGACAGAGGGAGACCAGACCACGCAGGGGGGAACUCGACGAACGGACUCCGCAAAAAGAGCCACGCCAACAUCCGUGCACGCAUACGGACGGGACUCGUCGAGCCAAGAGGGUCCAAUCAGCAGGCGUCAACCCAACACAGGAAAAAGUGGUUUACAUGCCUUUUUGGGUGCGUGUGCAUAAAUGUAAUAUCACAGUAGACUUUGAUUUUCAGUUGAACCAGUGUCGCAGGUGAAUGAAGAAUUUUGAGUUUCAGCUGAUGAAGUUGUCUGUGGCGCCACUUUUCAACACAGGUGUCAAAAAUCUUCAGUUCUGAGAUGUUCGACUGUUGAAACCACAGUUUUUCUUCCUGAUUAAACUUAGUGAGUUAUUUUCUAAAGGAGCAGUUUGAAAUUUGCUUAUUCACUUCAUGGUGUGAAGAUGAGUUUCUACCCAGAACCCACGUUAACCGACAGCUCUGUUACUUUAAUUGCAUCAUGUCCUCCAUGCCAGGCUUUGUUCAUCUGUGCCCGACGUAUGAAGAGCAUCAUCACAGCCUCCUCUUCAUGUUUGCUGAUGAAGCGCUGGACUUUUAACAGCUGUGCCAACGUAAAUGAUGCAUGGAAGUUUGUCGGGAGUUGCGGUGACAUCGUGUGAAGCGAUAAUUCGUAAGUAAAGCAGCAUGGAUGAGCCUGACGCUUUCAGAGGACGUGCACAUAGGGGGGACAUGAAUGCAAGAAAGAGACAGAAGACUGCGUCAGAUUCCUCGAGCCUGCAGCUUAAAACUUCAUGCACAAGCACGAGAGUGUUUUUUAAUUUGAAGAAGAAAGGGAAUAAGCAAAUUUACUAAACUUUCUUUAACGUUUAGCAUCCGUUUGGAGUUUUAGCCACAAAUAACGAACGUCCGUUUACUGGCAGAUUCUGUUCAGACCUCUGGCAGAGCAGCUUAUCUACUGGCCAUGAUGAUAUAAUGAGCUGUGUCUGAUGAUCUGAUGAUGUUGUUGACAAGAUGAAUAAUGAGUGUUUGGAGCGACACCUGAAGACCUCUCACAAAUUGCCCCUUUCUUUGACUUUGCACACAGACACGUUAUUUAGGGGUCAAAGGAAAAACCCGUUGAUUCUGACACUGUGACAGGCAACAUGUCAGCGAGCCCUGUAUUCAAACGCAUGCAUCUGUCGGGUGACAACAACAGUUUCCUGCCCUCGGUGUAACUCUUCUUCCACAGGAGUCGUUUGUUUUCAGUCCUCUGAGCUGUACAAAGACAAAACUGUUCCUCACAGUCCUUAAUCCUGCCGGGUGACAGCCGACAGUCUCUCUUCCUCUGCUCUAGUUAUCUAUCUACAAACUGAAAUGUACUAAAAAAAUAAAAUGUGACUGGAAAAA